UCUGUGCGGGAGUCAAGCCCAAGUCGCACUGGGCGAUUGAGAACCUCGAGCCUUGCGUUGAGAGAGUGCGCCGACGAGAUUGAGAGGAUAGAAGGCGGCAUUCGAGUGGUUGUGUAGACUCUCUAACAGGCUCAAGAUUUUCGAGCGAUGAGAGAAUUUACGGAGGUCGGUCCCCGUGUCCUGAUUCCGUGAUUUUGUAUGACAUAUGACUGAGACUGGGCCCUUGUUCUGAACUUGAAACGAAAAGCAGAGGAUAACACCUUUUGCGUGUGAAUGACUUUUGGGGUUGGAUAUGGACCCUGUCGGAGGUGCAAGCUCUAGCUCAGCGGAAGAGCCGAGAUAUGUAAAGCUAAUCCAAGAGAUUGAAACUGAAUGCAAAGUUUGUGGGCACUGUGGUACCAUGUUUGGAGUGGGCAAAGCACGUGGUGAUUGCGUGAUAUGCACCGACGACAGACAGUUGGGACUAUUACCGUGGGGCCAGAGUUGGGGUACAUAUUCACAACUGAGGAGACUUGAAGCACCUCUCCUACUUCGGAACGCUGAGAGGGAUCUGGUGGAGAUAUCAUAUACUACAAAACGUCAACGCUGCUUCCUUAUUCUUAAUCCAUUCGGAAACAUUUUGUGGGGAAGUACAACGUUCUUGGAUGAUGCUGCCAUAGUAACUAUCAAAAAGCUGGGUGGAAUACGGGCGAUUGCUGUAUCUCAUCCACACGAACUAUUUGGUUAUGCCAAGUGGGCGGUAACGUUUCAGUGUCCAGUAUAUAUACAUGAAAGAGACAAGAAUUUGGUUGUUCAUGACACUGAAUUUAUCGAAACCUGGGAUGGAGAGGAACUUGCUUUAUGUAGUCAGAUCAAACUGAUACGGUUGGGUGGGCACUAUGAUGGUGGUGCGAUUUUGCAUUGGACGAAUAAUGGUCUGGAUCAAGACGGAAAAGGUGUGAUCUUAUGUGCCGAUAUGUUGCAGGUUGGGGAAGAUGGUCAAACUGUGAGCUCAAUGAGAUCCUAUCACAAUUUUAUUCCUAUCUCAGAAUCAGAUGUACAACGUAUAAUCUGGAAGUUGCUCUCCGUGGAAUAUGAGCGACUUUAUGCCUCAGGAAAUAUCAGAGACCUUCCAGUCAAUGCAAAGGUGCUUACUAAUCUUUCACUUGAAAAAUAUGCUUGUGUCAUACAUAUACCCGAAGACGAAAAGGAGAAGAUUCGAGAUUUGGUAGAACAACGCCUUCAUUUGUAUCAGUAAACAGCAAUUCGUCAUUGACGAAUAGCAGCCCUAGUAUGUGCAAAAACUUUGAGAUUCAGCAAUAUGAAACCAGAAGAAGAGAACAUGCAUACAGAUUUUUUAUUUGCUAAUGAGUAUUGUCAUUUGUAAGAGCCCAUCAAAUUGCAUUCAUUUCU